AUGCUUAAUAAUUCCUUGAACGGUCUUGAGAAAUCCUCAUGUAGUGAAAUAGGAAAUGAUGGUGAUAAAAUACAUCGGUAUACUCGUGAAGAAAUGUUGGGUAUGAGGAAUAUCACUUUAAGUCGAACACGUCCAAAUUAUUUGUCGAUGGAGUUUGACAAUGAUGAAGGUAAAUUUCUUCCCGAAAAGUGGUUAGAGCAUCGUUGGAUUUGUGAAGGAGUGGAAAACAAUUCCAAUAUUGCAUUAAAAAGGAAAGAAAAGUUAAAAGCCGAAGCAUUAGACGGUGAUGCUACUGUUCUUUCUCCCCAGCGACGUGCUUUUUCGUCAGGAUGUCGUGCUGCUUCACCCAUUAAAAAUGAUGUAGAAACAGAAAGACUCGGGACGAACAAAGCAAGUUGGCGAAUUGGCGCAGGUUUUCAGUUAAAAAAUUCCGGUACUGAAUACAAGACGUCAUUUCAUAAAAACUCUUCGGGAUGCAAAGAGUCCUUCGCAAAAAGCCGUCAACAUAAUGGAAAUUUCCCUACUACUGGCAGUAAUUGGCGAUUAAAUGAAACAUCAUUCAAACCUAGUUACCAGAAAGAAAUUAGUCAAGGACAGAAAAGUAAAUUAACAGAAAUAGUUGCGGAGGAAAAGGUCCCGGAAUGGCUUAAUGAAGGUCCAACGUCAAUUCAUGAUAUGAUUGAACUGCGUGGUUUUGAUGAUGACCGAAAAACUAAACGUGAUUCUUCUCGUAAACUAAAGAAAGAUCCUAUCACGAGAGGGUCAAACGAAAGCGAAAACGCAAUUGCAGCUGGGUUAAGCAAAGUAUGCUCAAGGGAAAAGAUUGGUUUGGAGGAUGAGGGACUGUCUGGCCAUGUUAGCAGCAAUAACGAUUUAGGGCUUCAAAUAAUUCCAAGUUGCAAGCUAAGUAAUAAUAGAUCAUCGAGUCAUUCGAAAAUGACCGGUAAUGGUGAUUCAUUUGCAUCAUUGCCUUUGCUAAGUGGUAAAUUACCAAAUUCUGAUGCGGAAUUUGCGGCUAUUGUGGGAAUCUUAGAUGAUGCUGAUUUGAAUUCACUGAAAGAGAGCGAAUUGAGAUCCCCAGCAUCGAAGGAACCAACUGGUAGCAGAUUAUCCCGAUUUUUCGCCACUUCUGUUAAGCCUGAAAGACCUGAUACUCCCAGUCAAAAUGAGACCUCGCAACAAAACCAGAACAUCCCUUCAUCUUCUUCAGUUUUCGACUCACCGCCAUUUGCAUCGCCAACAUCUAUUCUCAGCAAAAUAUUGUCAAAUCCUCGACGAUCUGUAAAUUCAAUAUUUAUUCCCCAACAACACUCUGCAUCGCCUUUGGUUGAAGUUUUACGCGUUGAAGAUUUGGAACGUAGUUGUCAUAGAGAAGCUACUCUUCAAAAUUCAUCUGAAGCACCAUUAAUAAGUUCUGAUGGUUCCAUAGAUUUGAUGAGCAGUCAAUAUCUCCACAAAUCUCGGCAGUCUAACUUGUUAUUGCAGAAAAAUAAAGACACUUCUCUGGGAGAUCCAAGUCAACAAACUCAUUUGGUGAACAAACUGAACAAAUUUGCGCCCCUUCAAGAUGGAAUGGCGGAAAAUAUUUCAGACAAAGCAGAGAAUAAUUCGACUGUCACAUGCAAAGCUACUCCCUCAGCUUACCAAGUUUCGACAAAUUCUCGGUCAUCUACUUCAGUUCUACCUCCUUCUGCAUGUGACGCAACGUUGCAUGCAUCUGUUCUACGUUCACAGUACGAAAAAACAGCUGCUUUGCAAGCACUCACGCCUAAUCACGCUAUAUUUGCAUCUUUACACACAGAAAAUGGUUUCAGGCAAGUACAGCCACUAUCAAAUGCAGUAACGAAUGGAACAAUGUCGCAAACGAUGCAGCCACGACAAAUAUCUGUUCCCAAUCAGUGUGUUCCACCGGGAACGCUUCCAAAUUCAUUUAUGCCGACUGCAGUGUUGCGUCGGAUGACUAAAACCACAACCAUACCAGUUUCUGUUGAUGAAACAUUACAACUUGGCAAUGUACCUACGUGUUCUGCCCACUAUAAUACCAUCAAACAAAAUCUGAUUACUGAACCUUUCAGUGUAAUCCGCAAAUCUCCAGGAGAAGUGGUACCUGGAAGCAUUGCAUCAAAGAAUGCAAUGGAUUUGGCAAGAUUAGCUAUGCAUCAACAGUAUGCUCAGAUGCUUGCAGCAGUGCAAAGCAAUUUAUCAUUGAACUGGCAUUCGAAUGCACACAUCGCGGCUGCUGUUCAUGCUCAAGCAUUAGCAGCUCAAAUAGAACAACAGCGACAGUUUGCCUUAGCUAUGAUGCGUGGAGAUGUCAACCAAGCACAGAUUUUACGUGCACGGUUAUUAUCGCAUCAGUCUAUGCCAACUCUACCGAAUAUACCAAUAGCUCAUCCUCAGAAUAUAGGAACCCCAUUUGUACCUGUUCAACCAGUGGUGACAACACCACCGACACCAGGAUCUCAAAGUACUCAACCUCUAUCUUCAAUAACUCCAUAUAAAUAUCAAAACCCGUUAGAGAAAUUAUUGCAAUCAGCUGGGGUACCAGUAAGCAGAGAUCUACAGCCACCGAUCAGUACAUUUUCCGGAAUGACAGCUUCUGCCGAUCUUCCUUCAAUAGUAUCUCGUCUUCCUCCAACAGCUAAUUGUAUCAGUGUUGAAGAGCUUGAGAAACAAUUUGCUGCUAAUUAA